GGGAAAAAAAAUCAGAGCAGCCGGCCAGAGUGGCAGCAGGUCGGGAGAGUCGCCAGCGCUCCGGCUCCCACUCAGGUCGGCGUGGGGUGUCUUUGCUCCCCACUCCUCCCCCACCAGCCGAGACAGGCACGCAGGCAGGAGAGUGGGUCGCGGCGGCGAGGGAGCAUCAGCACCAUGUGGGUCCAGGUUCGCACCAUGGAUGGGAAGGAGACCCACACAGUGGACUCGCUGUCCAGACUGACAAAGGUACAAGAGUUGAGGCGGAAGAUUCAAGAACUGUUCAACGUGGAGCCUCAUCUGCAAAGACUAUUUUACAGGGGCAAACAGAUGGAAGAUGGCCACACACUCUUUGACUACGAUGUGCGACUCAAUGACAUCAUCCAGCUCCUGGUGCGCCAGAGCUUGUCGCUUCCUCCCAGCGCCAAGGAGCGCGACUCUGAGCUCUCGGACACCGACUCUGGCUGCUGCCUGGGUCAGAGUGAGUCAGACAAGUCAUCUACACAUGGUGAUGCUGCCCCCGAUGGUGAUGGUGACAACAAGCUGGCAUUUGAGGAGACAGAGCUGGGACAGUAUAAGGUCAGCGAGUACGUGGAUGCCCGUGACACCGAAAUGGGUGCCUGGUUUGAGGCGCAGGUGGUCCAAGUGCUGCGGAAGGUCCCCUCACCAGAUGAACCCUGCAGCUCCAGUGCCUGCUUGACUCUGGAGGAUGACAUCAUGUACCGAGUGAAAUAUGAUGACUACCCAGAAACUGGUGUGGUCGACAUUGAGGCCAAACAUGUCCGGGCACGUGCCCGCACCAUCCUCAAUUGGCAGGAGCUGGAGGUGGGCCAGCUGGUCAUGGUCAACUACAAUGUUGACUACCCUGAGAAUCGUGGCUUUUGGUAUGACGCCGAGAUCUGCAGGAAGCGCCAGACCAGGACAUCUCGAGAGCUCUAUGCCAACGUCAUGCUGGGGAAUGAUUCUCUCAAUAACUGCCGGAUCAUUUUUGUGGAUGAGGUCUUCAAGAUUGAGCACCCGGGUGAAGGGAGCCCCUUAUUGGAAGAUCCCACGAGACCUCCACCUGCCCUCCGGCUAACAGGGAAGAGCGGACCAUCAUGCACGCACUGUAAGGACAACCCCAACAAGCCAUGCCAGUACUGCGCCUGCCACUUGUGUGGAGGCCGUGAGGCACCAGAGAAGCAGCUGCUCUGUGACGAGUGUGACAUGGCCUUCCAUCUCUACUGCCUCACCCCGGCCCUUAGCAGCGUGCCCACUGAGCCAGAGUGGUACUGCCCCAGCUGCCGGAUCGACUCCAGUGAGGUGGUGCAGGCAGGCGAGAGACUGAAGGCGAGCAAGAAGAAGGCGAAGAUGGCAUCGGCCACGUCAUCCUCACGGAGGGACUGGGGCAAGGGCAUGGCGUGUGUGGGCCGCACCAAGGAAUGCACUAUUGUCCCAUCCAACCACUACGGGCCCAUCCCUGGCAUCCCUGUGGGCACCAUGUGGCGCUUUCGAGUCCAGGUCAGCGAGUCAGGUGUACAUCGGCCACACGUGGCAGGCAUCCAUGGCCGGAGCAAUGAUGGGGCGUACUCACUGGUCCUGGCCGGGGGCUAUGAGGAUGACGUGGACCAUGGGAAUUACUUCACCUACACAGGGAGCGGUGGCCGAGACCUUUCUGGAAACAAGCGGACUGCAGAACAGUCAUGUGACCAGAAACUCACCAACACCAACAGGGCCCUGGCUCUCAACUGUUGCGCCCCCAUUAACGACCGGGAAGGGGCCGAGGCCAAGGAUUGGCGCCAGGGGAAGCCGGUGCGUGUGGUCCGCAACAUGAAGGGUGGUAAGCUCAGCAAGUAUGCACCGGCUGAGGGCAACCGCUAUGAUGGAAUCUACAAGGUGGUGAAGUACUGGCCCGAGAAGGGCAAGUCUGGCUUCCUGGUGUGGCGCUACCUCUUGCGGAGGGACGACAAAGAACCGGGGCCUUGGACCAGGGAGGGCAAGGAGCGCAUCAAAAGACUGGGCCUCACCAUGCAGUACCCAGAAGGCUACCUGGAAGCUCUGGCCAACAAGGAGAAGGAGAGCAAGAAUGCAGCCUCAACCUCAGUGUCGGAGCCUGAGCCUGAGGACCUUCCAUCCCCCAAGAAGGGCAAAUGGAAGCGGAAGUCUCUAGGCCAGGGCAGCCCUGCCACCUGCACAUCCAAAAAGACCAAGCUGGAGCCCCACCAGCUCACAGAACAGCAGAGCACCCUCAUCCAGGAGGAUUCGAGUAACGCCAAGCUGUGGAAUGAUGUGCUCCAGUCGCUCAAGGAUGAACCGUUGCAGGUCUUCCUGAGCAAGGUGGAGGAGGCCUUCCAGUGUAUCUGCUGCCAGGAGCUGGUGUUCCAACCUGUCACCACUGUGUGCCAGCACAACGUGUGCAAGGACUGCCUGGAUAGGUCCUUCCGGGCCCAGGUGUUCAGCUGCCCAGCCUGCCGCUACGACCUGGGCCGGAACUACGCCACGAAGGUGAACCAGCCACUGCAGACUAUCCUCAACCAGCUUUUCCCGGGUUACGGCAACGGCCGGUGAUCUAGAGGCACUUCCUGGUGGCGGGCUGUGUUCCUCCAACCCUAGGCCAUAGACCCGCUGCCGUCUUUUAGUGGGGCUUAAUUUAAACACGUAAUUCUUCCUCCACUCCCCGAGACAGUCUUCCCUUGUUCUCCCUUAUGUCUGUCUCCACCUGCAGGAACCCUGUGUUCUGGCUGAAAGUUGACUUCCAUGCUUUUGGUUCGUUUUUUCAUGCACUGCCUGCAAUUUAUCUGUAAGACAAAAUCCGAUGCUUUUUUUUUUUUUUUUUAAUUUUUGGAAGAUGGAAUUAGGAGCUACACAGCCCAAAGGCUGCCUAAAUUCACACCACCAGCCCAAGACAUCUCGCAACCAUGCUUAACCCUGGACCCCCAAAAUCAAAGCCAGAGAGUUCAUCUUCCCAUAGUGGCCCCGCUGUCCUGCACACAUGGGCAGGAAAGUUGGUCAGGUCCCCAGCUCCCAGCCUCGACUCUUCCUGGGUGCCUUCAUCCCGCCCUGAAGUCCUUUGUUCCCAUGAGUGGAGCACUAGGGCCAAGCACAACUACCUCAGCAGGACUGGAACUCGCCCCUUGUGGGGGCCGGGCGACACUACGGGCCAAAGCCACCACAAGGCCAGAGCUUCUGGCUAUUCUGCAGGCGGGGCUGCUGGUCUCUAGCACUGAGUUGUUCAAGAAAUGGACUACCAUAUCCGAAGACUGGCUGUGCCUCCCCUAGCUGGGUGUGGGGGUGCUUCCAGGUUGAAGGGUGAUAAUUUCCAUUUUUGGUUUUCAAAUUUGGCAAUUGAAAAUUAUGAGUUUUUUUUUGGGGGGGGGAAUGCUUUUUAAAUGAAUUUCUUUGUAGUUAACUGUAUAUGUACUAAGAAAGAUAACUUAGGGUUUGGUUGUGUAAUUUUUGUUAGUUUUUUUUGGGGGGGGUCUGUCAAUUUUUCUAACUUUGCCAAAGUUUGCAGGCGAUACCUCAAUAGAACAGGGAAAUUUUAGAUCAUGCCACUGCAGACAUACCAGAACAAAACUGUUUUUAAAGGAUUUUUUUUCUUGUUAUAUUGACACACUAGGGAGGAAAUGACAAUUCUUGUGUAGGCAUUUUCUAAAUUCAAUAUUCUUUGUCCAGAUUUUAGAUUUUCUGAAUAAAUGUUUUUUCGCAGAUA